UGGACGAGCACCGAUCUACAUCCGGUGGCUUGACGGAGAAUACAAUCAUCAGACUCUCAGAGAAGAUGCUCGAUCAGAGACAGAUAUCAUCAGACGCGAUGAUGAAGAGCGCUGAUAUUAGAGGAAAGCAGGUGAUCGUGUGGAGAAAUGUGUUGCUGAUGCUCGUGCUCCAUAUGAGCGCGCUCUACUCCAUCCUCCUCAUCCCCACAGCGCAUCCAUUCACCUGGAUCUGGGCAUACGUGUGUUUCAUAGUCACAGCACUGGGCAUUACUGCAGGUGCCCAUCGGUUAUGGAGCCACAGGUCUUAUAAAGCCAAACUGCCUCUCAGGAUCUUUCUGGCUGCUGCAAACUCGAUGGCCUUUCAGAAUGACAUCUAUGAAUGGUCGCGAGAUCAUCGAGUGCACCAUAAGUACUCGGAGACAGAUGCAGACCCUCACAAUGCAAAGCGAGGAUUCUUCUUCGCACAUGUUGGCUGGCUGUUUGUGCGGAAGCACGUGGAUGUUAUUGAGAGAGGCCGCAGACUGGACUUCAGUGACCUGUUGGCUGAUCCUGUUGUUGUAUUUCAGAGAAAGUAUUAUAAGACAUCCGUUGUGGUGAUGUGUUUCCUGUUGCCCACGGUGGUACCAUGGUACUUCUGGGGAGAGAGCAUGUGGAACUCAUAUUUCCUGGCCUCUAUCCUGCGCUACACCAUUUCUCUCAAUGUGACUUGGUUAGUCAACAGUGCUGCUCACAUGUAUGGAAACCGCCCCUACGACAAGCACAUCAGCCCUCGGGAAAAUCGCUUUGUCACUUUUGGAGCAAUGGGUGAAGGUUUCCACAACUUCCAUCACACGUUUCCAUUUGAUUACUCAACCAGUGAGUUUGGCCUGCGUUUGAACCCCACCACCUGCUUCAUCGACCUCAUGUGUUGGUUUGGCCUUGCCAGUAACCGCAAGAAAGCCACACCAGAAAUUAUAAAAGCCCGUAAACUCAGGACAGGUGACGGGAGUGCUUGACGAGCCAGUAGCAUUUACAACCGAAGCAAAUCAAGACGGGAAUGCACACAGAGAGAUGCGGAUUUCAGCAUAUUUUACAAUCUGGCAAUUUGUGUUGUACACCGAAAAUUUGCUGUUAAAUAUUUUGUACUUAUCAAUUUUAAAUUCACCAAAACAUUGCGUGACUUAAGUGGUCUUUCAAUACCUAAUUUUUCCAUGUUAAUUUUGCUGCUUUUUAGGACAUUUGUGGCUUAUUUGUAAAGCUUGCUAUUUAUCAAAUAAUGUAUUUUCUAUAUAAAUGGUCACUUUAAAUUAAUAGCCAACAAAAAAAUAUCUAUUCAGUAAUAUCCUGAUAUGAAAACCACCAAAAUGGUUUUAUAAUUUGUCUUUAACUACAGUAUUACAUAAAAAAAAUAAUACUUGCCUUAAAUGUGAAACUUUUAAAGGAAAAGUUCAGCCAGAAAAUAAAAUUACUCAUCACCAUUCCUUACCAAUCUGCUGU